AGCGGGCAGCGCCGCCCCUCACGCCGCCGCCGCCCCUCCGCCCUCCCACUCCCACCCAGCCUGGGCCUGCGGAGCGCGAGCACCAAGCCGGACUGACCGCGGCGGCCCGCCCCUGGGAUCGCGCUCUUGUCGCUGAGGGGACUGAACUGAGGCGCCGCGGCUGCAGGCAGUGUAAAGGAAGGAGGAGCCGCCGUGGGAGACAGGGGCAGAGCCGGAGAACCAGCCCGACGCCCGGGGGAAACGGCGAGGAGGAUGUCUCGCCGAGCGGCUGGCGGUCGAAUCAGUCCGUGACUCCGCCGAGGCGGGCCUCAGACCCUAGCUCCUAGUCGGACUUUGUCUUUGGGGCCCGGCUCUGCCCUUCCCGGUUUCUCUCAGGACCCGGAGGAGGCGGCGUGCCUCUCUGCCCUCCAGCCUUCUUCACCAUGUCCAAGAUGCCGGCCAAGAAGAAGAGCUGCUUCCAGAUCACCAGUGUCACCACUGCCCAGGUGGCCACGAGCAUCACCGAGGACACCGAGAGCCUGGACGACCCGGACGAGUCACGCACAGAGGACGUCUCCUCCGAGAUAUUCGACGUAUCUCGUGCCACAGACUACGGCCCUGAGGAAGUGUGCGAGCGCAGCUCCUCCGAGGAGACACUUAAUAACGUUGGGGAUGCAGAGACUCCCGGCACCGUCUCCCCAAAUCUCCUCCCGGAUGGGCACCUCGGUGUCGCCGCGGCCCUCACCAGCGGAGGAGCAGCCGUUCCAACCCGGAGUGUUGCUGCGGGCCUCGCCAAUACACAGGCAGCGGCAGCCACGCCAGCACCCGCCCCCGGGGCCCCGGGUGGCCCCCAGAGCUCGGGAUCCUCCGCCGGGCCGGGGACUCCAGUUCCGGCUCAGCCCCCCACCGCUUGCAGUUCCCGUUUCCGCGUGAUCAAGCUGGACCACGGGAGCGGGGAGCCCUAUCGACGCGGCCGAUGGACGUGUAUGGAAUACUAUGAGCGGGAUUCCGACAGCAGCGUCCUGACGAGGUCCGGGGAUUGCAUUAGACACAGCAGUACUUUCGACCAGAACGCGGAGCGGGACAGCGGCCUGGGUGCGACCGGAGGGUCGGUGGUGGUGGUGGUGGCCUCCAUGCAGGGGGCGCACGGGCCCGACUCGGGAACUGACAGCUCCUUGCCUGCUGUGUCACAGCUACCCCCGUCGGAGAAAAUGAGCCAGCCCACUCCGGCCCAGCCGCAGAGUUUUAGCGUUGGGCAGCCGCAGCCGCCGCCGCCGCCCGUAGGUGGGGCUGUGGCUCAGAGCGCGGUUCCGCUGCCGCCGUUCGCGGGAGCAGCGGCCGGGCAGCAGCCAAUGAUGGCGGUUGUACCGCCUAGCCAGCUGCCGGCAGCCGGGCCCGGCGGCUCCCCCCCGGGACCGGGUGGACCCAGUCUACCGCCGACGAAUGUAACCCUGGCGCAGCCGGCUGCGUCCCUACCUCCGCAGCCGGGCCCGGCAGUCGGCGCUCCCGCGACGCAACAUUCCCAGCACUUCGCCUACCCCCAGCCUCAGAAACAGCCUGGGCAUGUGCUGCCGGGCCAGCCCUCCGGCCAGAGUGAGUACUUGCAGCAGCACGUGGCCGGCUUCCAGCCGCCGAGCUCAGUGCAGCCCUCUUCCACCAGCGCUGGAGCGACAGCCCCUACAGGGGCCAACUUUCCCGUGGGCUCCGGCCAGAAUGCCUCUUCGCUAGGUGUACCGAUCAGGGGCACGUCUUCCCAGCCCAGUGAAGCUGCGGCUCCGGGACCGGGACUAGUACAAGGCGGGCAGGCCGCGCCUUGUCAGCCGGCUGGGGUGACCCCGGCUGCGGUAGGAGGCGUGGUGCAGCCGGGCAUGGCUUCUACCGGGGCUGGACAGCCUCAGUCCUUGCCUCCCCCGCAGAUCGGUGGCAGUGCUCAGCUGUCAGCAGUGCCUGGUGGCUCUCACACCGUGGUGCCCGGAGUUCCAAACGUGCCUGCUGCCGUGCCCGCUCCAAGCGUGCCUAGUGUGUCUACUACUUCUGUUACUAUGCCAAAUGUACCUGCGCCCCUGGCCCAGUCGCAGCCGCUGAGCAGCCAUACACCAGUCAGCAGGAGCAGCAGUGUAAUCCACCACGCUGGGCUGCCCUUAGCUCAAGGCACACACAGUGCACCAACAAGUCUACCACAGUCUGACUUAAGUCAGUUUCAGACUCAGACCCAACCUUUAGUCGGGCAAGUUGACGAUACUAGAAGAAAAUCAGAACCCCUACCUCAACCACCACUUUCUCUCAUUGCUGAAAAGCCUGUUGUGAAGCCACCUGUUACAGAUUCCCUGGCAAACCCUCUUCAGUUAACACCUAUGAACAGUCUUGCCACCUCUGUGUUCAGCAUAGCUAUUCCUGUUGAUGGUGAUGAAGACAGGAAUCCUUCAACUGCUUUCUACCAAGCGUUCCAUUUGAACACGUUUCAGGAAUCAAAGAGCCUCUGGGAUAGUGCAUCUGGGGGAGGUGGUGUAGCCAUCGACAACAAAAUAGAACAAGCAAUGGAUCUGGUGAAAAGCCAUUUGAUGUAUGCAGUAAGAGAAGAAGUGGAAGUUCUAAAGGAACAAAUAAAAGAAUUAGUUGAAAGAAACUCUUUACUUGAACGAGAAAAUGCACUGUUAAAAUCUCUUUCAAACAAUGAUCAAUUAUCCCAACUCCCAGCCCAACAGGCCAAUCCUGGUAGCACUUCUCAGCAGCAAGCAGUGAUAGCACAGCCUUCGCAGCCAAUGCAACCUCCACAGCAGCCGAAUGUCUCCUCUGCAUAAAGCUUUCUAAGCCUCAUUAAGGAAAAAGCAAUCUAUCCUUGUGUGCCACUGGUAUUCUUUUCCUUCACUUUAUACGAAAGCAAGUAGCCAUGCUUUGGUUGUGUGUUUGGCCUUUUCAGUAUUAGACAAUCAUUCUACAAGAGCUUUUCCUCUAAGAUGUCAUGCAGCACUGUUGACGUCCAGUUCUGUGUCAUCAGUACACAAGGAGAAUAAUAGAUGGAGUUUAUUAAAGCAAGCGAAGUCUGCAUUUUACCUGGUGCACAUGAGUGGGGUCUGUAAGCAUUUUGGUGGCUCUCCCAUGUUUCCUAUUACCCAUGGAUUUACCUUGAGCCUUCUUCAUCAUAUUAUAAAUAACAGUUCAUUUAAAGAGCCACUAUUCUUUCAAUAUCAGUAACAUUUGCCUACAUAAGUUUUCAUUUAUUUGUGUUUUAUUUAUUACAGGGCUGCUAUUUUCAUAAUGUACAUGAACAAUGUCACAGAACUUUUUUUAAUUUUUUUGGAUAAUUAUAAGUAUCAGUAAAGGAAAUAAAAGACAGGAUUGCGUUUAAUAAAUAAAACGUUUAGGCAAUAAUUGAACAAAAGAAUCCUGGCAUAUUUCUAACACUAAUGGCAAUUUACCUUUGGUAUUUAUUUUCAGUAGUAAAGACCCAGCUUGAAUGUAAAUUUUGUAUAGUGUAAGUAUGAAGAACAUAGUGCAACUGUACAGGUAGUCACCAGUUAUUGUGAUAUAAUAAAUAAUCGGGCUAUUUUGAUGAAGAAAACUUUGUUCAUUUGUUUCUACUUUCUAAUAGAGAAAUUGCCACGAUUCCUCUGCUUUUCAACAUUUCGUAUGACUUUUUUUUUCCAGGUGGGAAUAAAAAGCUGUGAAAUUGUUCAACCUACUUUGUAACCAAAGAAGCAAAGCUGUGUAAUGGAGUUUUGGGUUUUGUUUUUGGUCUUUUUUUUUAAAUAUAUAUAUAUAUAUAUAAUGCACAUUCUUUUAUGUAUUUUUAUUUAGUAUUUUUCUUGGUCACAAUUUUCUUUGCUGUCUAGCAUGAUCUGCAUGACCUAUAAUCUUUGAACCACUUUCGUACCUCAUGUUUUUAUCCAGCACUCUUAUUGUAAUAUGUACUAGUCUGUGAACAAUGUCAAAUAAAAAGAAAGAACAGGUAGUGUGGUGGAGCUGAGCUAGUGUACAAUACACUAGUUGUACAAAAACAAAAAUGAAGUGAGCCAUCUUUUGUUCAUUUAAAAUGGUGUUUUGAAUUUCGUAUGCAGAAAACGUUUUGUUACAUUGCAGAUUUUAAUGUAUUUAAUAAAUGCAACAUGCAGAUUAAGUGCAGUGUAUACUGAGUAUUUAAAUUAAAAUGUACAUUUCAUAAAUACAGUUUCAAGAGGAAGCAUCAUUUUGUGUAUACUAACACAUUAAGUGUAUGUCAGAAAUUGAUGUAUAAAUAUAUUUUAACACUUUCUGAAAUUAAACUGCAGUUUUGUUGAAA